AUGACAAGAGCCGUGUCCUCCGCAGGGGUGAUCAUGGUGAUGGUGAUGAUGAUGGUGGUGGUGGUGGUGUUGGUGGGGGUGCUGAUGGUUGUGAGGCUCGUGGCGGCAACCUAGAUACUUGCGCAUGUCAUAAGCGUCCUCCCCAUCGGCGUAGUACUUGGCCUCAAUAUCGUGGUUCUUGUACCCGAGGGUGGAGGUGUAGAGAUUUAGAGCGGCGCGAUUGGACCUGCGGACGUGAAGGGAGACGUACUCUGCGCCGUGGACGCUUUCCAUGGCGUUCUGCGCGGCGGUCAUGAGCUUCGUGGCCAGGCCGAGUUUGCGGUGGGUGCGGAGGACGGCGAGCGAGGUGAUGUGACCGUGGCAGGGCUCGGUCGAGUCCUCCUCCAUCUUCGCGAGAACGUAUCCGACGAUCUUGCCGCCAUAGUCCUCCGCGACGUAGAGAAGCUGCGGCCACGACAGGAUGUGAUAGAAGUAGUACUUCAUCUGGUAGUUCUCCGGCAGGCACAUCAGGUUGCAGGCCUGCAUCGCCAGCAGGUCGUCCAUCGUCGCCUGACGGAUGCACACCAUCUCGCCCUUCCUUCCUUCCCUUCCGAGCGUAACCCUAGCCGGAAGCUCGCCUCCUUUCCCAGACACCUCUCUCUCUCUCUCUCUCUGUCCUCUCUACCAGAAAAUUCCUCUUUUGAAGGGUGGGGGCGGUAUUACUAA